GUCGCCCAUUCCUUCUCAACCACGCUUCUCAAACGCUGCGUCCACUGAUUUGGAGAGGUCCCCGCCACCACGGCUUUGCUUCGUUCAGCACUCUGCCCAACUCGUUCAGCAACGCGUCCACCUCACUUGCAGCACCGGCCCGGGGCCGGGUCCGGCGCUCACCCGGGCCGGCCCGCGCAUAUGUGCGCGCGCGGCCCGAGCUGCCGGACGCGUUGCCAGGGUGACGCCGGGGAUGUCGGAGCUGCACGAGGCGGCGGCGGCGGGCGACACCGAGCUGGUGGAGCAGAUCCUGCACAGAGGGUCGUGCGACCCAAGCAUGAAGGAUCCCGACUGGGGUGAGCGCACCCCGCUGCACUGGGCGGCGGCCAAAGGAAAAGCAGACAUGGUUAAACUCCUCAUAGCAAAUGGGUCACGUCCUUGCUUGAGAACUGCCACUGGAUGGACUCCAGCACAUUUUGCUGCAGAAUCUGGAAAACUUUCUGUCCUUCGAAUGCUCCAUUCUCUGCAUGCACCUAUUGACAAAGCAGACCUGUAUGGGGACACUCCCAGAAGAAUUGCAGAGAUAUAUGGUCAGGGAGACUGUGUUAAGUUUCUUGAAAUAGCGGAGCGAGAGAGUUCCAAUUACAGAAGGGUUGCUGAGAUGAAAGGCAUUUUAUUAGAUGAGACAGAUGAAGAGUGGGAAAGCCAGAAGGAAAGUGAAAUGGCUGGAAGAAGAGAAGCUGCCAAUAAUAAGAGUAACAUUACAUGUAAACUUCAGCAAAGCCAAAAAAAAUAUCCUCACACAACACUAGUCAAUAAAGAGCCUAAGAAAGGAAAAUCACCAAAAAUAAGUAAAAUUUGCAAAAAAGAGGUGAAGUAAGAUUAUCUUCAGGCCUGAAAAACAUGCAAACUUAUAAUGUGAAUUUGCUUAAACUGAUAGUUUGAUUUGGAUUGAAUCAAGAAGAAUCUCCAAGGCAUAGAUUGAUCAGUGACUUUAUAUACCUGCAGAAACACACUCUUAGCCUUAUAAAGGUUGUACUAAAACUGUGCAAUUGCUGCUGCAGCUUGACAUCAGCCUGCAGUUUUCUAGAACAUUUUAUUAACUUGCAAAAGAGUGCUGCUAAGUCAGUUUAUUCAAUGGAAUUUUGCAUAUAACAUUUUUUCAAACAUUGGUACUUUAUUGCUGCUUCCUGUUACAUAAUUUUGCCCUCUUGCAAAAGACCAGCUUUCAACAUUCCAAGAUUCUCACAAGUACUGGGCAUGUGUACAUUUGCACCCAAAACUUACAUGCAGUGUAGCUGAAAGCCAAUUGAUAGUCACAUAAUUGAGAUCUCUCUAGUGGCAUAGCAAUUCUCUUUCUUAUUUAUAAAUAGAGAUCUGCCCCAUGCUUAACCAAACUGGACCCCUGAUAUACUUGCUUGUUAGGAAGGACCAAGCUGAAGAACUGAAAUUCUCAAUGCACAAACUCCUAAUCUGCUUAAUAUUGGAAGUGGAGGAGGUGCAGCAGAGCCACAUGGCUUUGAAGUAAGAAACCAUGGAAGGUAGCAGUGAUGGAUGGAAUCCAGUAAUACAGUACUACUCAUGUGAAGCUAUAUUUGGUUGAUUGGUAAUUUUGAAUAGUGAAGAAUUUAAUGGUAACUUUUAGCCACUAGCAUUGGAUGUGCCAGAGGGGUAUAAAUUCAAUUUUGCUUUUGGCUUUAACAAGUUAGCCACUGCCUUUUUAGCUGCAUGUAGAUAUGACUGUUUACAAAAUACCUCUAAUAGGCCUGGUAAAAUAUCAGGGAUUUCGACUGAAGAAGUGAGACUUCAAAGCUGAAUUUUUCUCAGAUUUGUAGUCAUCUCAUUCUACAUGGUUUUUACCAGCCUGUGAACUGACACAGCCUUGCUGCUGUACAGAUGAAUGUUUUCUUUAUUUAUGAAACCACGUCCACCAAGUAGAAAUACAGUAUUUUCUGCACUUGGAUUGACAAUUUGGUGGUGAAGAACAUCAAUUAUGUUUCCUUGAUUUUUACCGUGUCAGUUGCUACUCUUGAGAGAAUUGUUCCAUUGAAACAGAAACUCCAACGUUUGUGUAUAGGUACAAGAAGUAACUCUAAAUUUAACACACUUGACAAAAAGUAUUAUCAGUUCAUGACUUAUCACUUCUUUACGCAGUGGAAUAAUUGAAAGAUUGAAACUCAAGCAUAUUUUGUAUCUGAUUAUUUAGCAAUGAAAUUUUUCAAAAUUUUUGCUGCAAAUUGAAUUUUAAUCUUCUAUUUGCAAUUGAAUAUUGCUUACUGUGUUCUGAUUGUGGUAACUAGUAAUACCGAUUUUUACAC